AUGUUGGCCUCCCGGACUCUCGCUCGUGGUGCGCGGGUCGCAGCACCAAGCUCGCAGCCUUUCCGCCGGUACGCCUCCGCUUCACCAACGGCCGCGUUUGCUGGCCAGAAGGGGAGCAAUGGCAAGUACGCCGUGACACUUAUUCCGGGAGACGGUAUUGGCCCUGAAAUCAGCCAGUCCGUGAAGGAGAUCUACUCGGCUGCCAAGGUCCCCAUUGAGUGGGAGGAGGUCAGCGUCACACCAAUCCUGAAGGGAGGGAAGACCGUUAUCCCGGAUGCGGCCAUUCACUCUGUGAGGAAGAACACGGUGGCUUUGAAGGGACCCCUGGCUACGCCGAUCGGCAAGGGUCACGUCUCCCUGAACUUGACGCUGCGCCGGACGUUCAACCUCUUCGCGAAUGUCCGUCCCUGUGUGUCCAUCAAGGGCUUCAAGACACCUUACGACGAUGUGAACACGGUUCUCAUUCGUGAGAACACCGAGGGCGAGUACUCAGGCAUUGAGCAUGAAAUCGUAGACGGCGUUGUCCAGUCUAUCAAGCUCAUUACAUGGGAUGCUUCUGAGCGUGUUGCUCGUUACGCAUUCGACUACGCGCAGUCGCAAGGCCGCCACCGUGUCACAGCUGUGCACAAGGCGAACAUCAUGAAGAUGUCUGACGGCAUGUUCUUGUCUGCUUGCCGACAGGUAGCCAAGGACUUCCCGAACAUCGAGUACGACGAGGACUUGUUGGACCGUGUCUGCCUGCAGAUCGUUCAAAACCCGAAGCCGUACGCCGACCGGGUCAUGGUAAUGCCCAACUUGUACGGUGAUAUUCUGUCGGACAUGUGCGCAGGCCUCAUUGGUGGUCUUGGCUUGACGCCCUCCGGCAACAUUGGCCGUGAUGCAUCGAUCUUCGAGGCGGUCCACGGCUCAGCGCCGGACAUUGCUGGCAAGGGAUUGGCGAAUCCCACCGCGCUUCUGUUGUCGUCACUAAUGAUGCUUCGGUGCGUUCUCGGGCUGUCGCUGCUUCUCCCGCGUCGUCUAACUGGCUUUACCUCUGCAGGCACAUGAGUUGGACCAGUAUGCCUCGAAGAUCGAGAAGGCGGCGCUUUCUACGAUUGCGGAGGGGAAGUCGAUCACUGGUGACCUCGGAGGCAAGGCGACCACGCAGGAAUACACUGCUGCCAUCAUCGACAAACUUGCGAAGGCGUAA